UCGAUCGCGCCGCCGCCGCCUCGCGAGAGCGGAGGCGCAACGCCCGGCGAUGACCCAAUAUGGAACCCGCGCCCGCAGCCCUCCUCUCUCGCGAGAGCGGCCGGAGACCCGGCGGCGGGGGGGGGGGCGGAGCGCGCGGGCCCGCCCAGCUGGAGUGCGGCGUGGGCGGCGAGCCUGGCGCGGAGGAAGGGGCGGCUGCCCGGCCGUUGCUGGGGGGGGGGACAGGCCCUGGUUACUUCUGGGCACGGGGCUCUCGGACCUCAGAGGCGACCGGCCCCUGUGGUUCUAGUGUCACUUCCCCCCUCUGGGACUGACUUCUGCAAACUCACGGAAUAAGGGGGCGGAGGAGCGCUGCGAAAUCAUCUCCAGCUGGGGUCCCCCCCCGCGUCUUGCGGCCCCGUCUUCUGGGCUGUAGGCGCUUCGGGGGAGCCGCCUUUUGGGGGCUGGGCCGUCUACAAGGAUCCGCAGCGGAGCGAGCAGGGGCGUAGGGCCGAGCCCGGGUGUGAGACUAGGGAAGCGAGGGCAUUUGAGCCUUUGCCUGAGAGCGAAGCGUGCCGUGAAAUGCCCCGUGCCAUGGAGCUCAAGCUCAGUGUCGGCGCCAAAUCACGAAGUGAAGUGACUGGCCCAAGGUCACGCAACGACAAAUAAGUGGCGGCCAGCAUUUGAAUGCGGGGGGCCUCCCUUUGAGCGCUGGACCACGCUGUCUCUCACUUGAGGGGGCGAGUUUUAUAGGCGCUGUUAUUCAAGACAGACGUGAGUCACCAAACUGCUUCUGAGUGACAAAUGCAUGAAACGCUGGCUAUUUUGCAAUUGCAUAAAAUUGGGUUUGAGAAAGUAGGUGGAUGCAAGGAAAACCAAACAACUGCCCUGGAAGAGACUAUUAAAACUGAGGCUAUCAAGCUGCCUGAUCUUUUUGCUUCACUGUGUACCGUGCGGCGGAUGAAAAGUUUUAUGAGUUGCACAUGCACUUUUCUUCGGUAUCUGUGCAAUAUCCACAGACACGGCCCCCAUGGGGUUGGAGGAGGGAGGGAAGAGGGGAUCGGACGUGCCCCCCAUGGGGUGGGAGGAGGGAGCGGAGAGGCUCAGACCCAGCCACCCCGGGGGAGGGGAGGGGAUCGGACGCCCCCGCGGGCGAGCUGGGGCAGCAUCCCGUGCCCCUCGCGCCCCACCCCGGGGUUGGCAGUUGGCGAGGCCCGGCCGCCCCCGGGAGUCUCGAAGCCGCGGCGGCGGCGGCUCAGGUUGCCGCGGCGUGACCUCAUGGAGUCAGAUGCUGAGAGGGUCAACGCUCCCAGGCAGCUAGGGAAGUAUAGGAUCAAGAGAGGCGUAUACACUGAAGAGCAGUUCCAGAAAAACUAUGAAAGAAACACUCCCUCCCCAAGGAACAGGGACUUCAGAAUCCAAGGAAGGGUCCAGUGCAGAUUCUCCUGGGCAAGAUUCAGGAAGAUCAUACUCAAGAUGUUUCCUAUCCUGAACUGGUUGUGUGCAUAUCGAGUCAGAGAGUGGUUCCUGAAUGAUAUACAUGCUGGCCUAAGUGUGGGGAUGGUCCAGAUUCCACAAGGACUGUCAGGAGUUUUGUUAACCAGGUUACCACUGCCAAUUGUCAAUGGCUUCUAUUCUGCAUUCUGCUGCUCAUUAACAUAUGUCAUAUUUGGGACUUCGCACCAUAUCUCCAUUGGUUCAUUCAGCAUUCUGAAUGCAAUGGUGGCAGAUGUUCUGAAGACUCUGAAUUUCAGCCCUGUAUUGACUGCUAAUGGAACCUUUGCCAAUUUCUCAGAUGCAAAUUAUAUGAAGAGUUACAUGGAAGCCUUGACCCUUACUGCAUCAACGACAUUUCUGACUGGGAUCAUCCAGUUGCUUUUAGGCUGCUUCUGCUUGGGGUUUGUCACAACCUAUCUGCCAAAGACCCUUAUUGAUGCUUACCUCACUGCAGCAGCGCUGCAUGUCAUCGUAUCCCAGUUCUCCUUCAUCUUUGGGAUUGGAAUCAACUUCCAUAUGGGCCCCCUGGCCAUUUUCUACAACCUGUUUCAGUAUUGCAUGGCUCUCCCAAAGGCUAAUGCCACCAGUAUAUUGCUAUUUUUGGUUGGCCUAGUCAUGCUGAGGAUCAGCAAUUGUAUCAAGAUAACUUACAAGCACAGUGCUGUUGCAUUCCCUAUGGAACUUCUCCUGAUUAUUACAAUCACCAUUAUUGCUAACCAUGUGCAUAUGCAUGCCGAAUCCAGUAUGCUUGCGGCCAAAAUGGUUCCACACAGGUUUCUGCCUCCUACGCAGCCAGACUUAUCAAAUUUGAGCAGGAUUGUAGCCCAUGCCUUCUCCUUGGCUAUUGUAAGCUACUUCCUUCUCAUUUUUGUGGGAAAGAAGUACGCUUGUAUUCACAACUACAACAUCUCCAGCAACCAGGAGCUCAUGGCUAUAGGGCUAUGCAAUAUCUUCAGUUCAUUUUUCAAAAGCUUUGCUGUCAGCUGUGCUAUUUCUGGGACUGUCAUUCAGGAGAAGACAGGUGGAAAAACACAGUUUGCAGCUCUAAUUGGAACAUCCAUAAUGCUAGUGGUAGUGAUGAAAGUAGGACACUUUUUCCAGUCUCUACCUAAUGCUGUACUAGCUGCGAUUGUAAUGGUCAACAUGUUCCCAUUUCUUGAAAAAUUUAUGGACGUCCCCACCCUGUGGAGACAGGAUAAGUAUCAUUUUGUUAUUUGGAUUGUGACUUUUGCAGCUGUUCUGUGUCUUGGUCUUGAUAUCGGCUUGGCCAUCGCAAUGGGAUUCACCUUCUUCAUCAUCACUGUUAGGUCACACAGAAUGAAGAUUGUGAUACUCGGCCAGAUUCCAAACACAGAUCUAUACAGAAGUUUAUCUGACUACAAAGCGGCAGCAGAGAUUGAAGGUGUGAAAAUCUUCCAGUGUUGUUCCUCCAUCUCCUUUGCAAAUAUGAGACACUUCAAAGGCUACUUGUUACAGAAGAUGGAUGUGAAAGCAGUGCCCCUCGAUGAAAAUGAAAUGAGAGCUUUAAUCUCAGUUAGUCUGUCUAGCACUGGAAUGGAGAAAAAGGAUUUUCAGUGUGCCUGUGUUUGUGAUCCACCUGAGCCAUUACCCAGGAUACCCUAUACUGAGAAACUGGUGAAGCGACUUCAUAGGGAUAAUGAGUCUUCAUCAUCUUCCCUGAAUUUGAUACGUUGGUCAAAGUUUGAAAGCAAGCACGGUUCUGGGACUCUCACAACAGGAAUGCUGCAAACACAGCAUGCUCAGUCCACAGCCAUCAGGCUCAGGGCAGCAAGACCUGAGAGUGGAAAGAAGAAGGAUGAAGGGAAGAGAACAUGGCAUUCUUCAGACCCUGGAGUAGAUACUUCCACAACACUAUUGUGCCAGGAAGCAGCACAGUUGCAGUCCACUGAGUUUUCAACGUAUCCAGUCCACACUAUUAUUUUAGACUUCAGCAUGGUGCAGUUUGUGGAUUUGCAAGCUUCAGAUUUACUGAGGCAGAUGUUCCAUAUGUUUCAGAAUCUUGGCAUUUCGGUCCUGAUUGCCAGCUGCCACCUCUCUGUAAUAGCAAUCUUUGAGAAGAAUGAUUUCUUUGAUGACUGCGUCACCAAAGCACGGUUCUUUCUAACGCUGCAUGAUGCUGUGCUGGCCGCUUUGGAACAGAAUCAAAGGCCAGAGAUUGUGGAACUCAGCACUGGAGAGCUUGAACAGGAGUUAGAUGAAGGGCUCACAGAAGAACAGAAGGAGAGAAGUCUGCACUACGGUAACAACAAAGAUAUUUCCUUUUUAAAGAUUACUGGGAGUGAACUCUUAAAUGAAGAGCCAAUAUCAGAUCUCUUCCACACAUAUUCACUACAGAGUGAAGCAGAGAUGAACGUAUUCCAACAAUAUGAUGCUCCACCUCCUGAGCCAGGUGACAGAGAUGAGGAGUGGGAGCAGAAGUGGAAAUAUGCCAGAGAUCCCUGAGAUGCACAAGAGCGGACAGGAAAUCCUAGUCCAGUAUAUGGGGAGAGCUACAGCACAGUUGAGGUAGUUCUUGCCUGCAUUUUGGGUUUUUUUGCCUUUGUCUCUUUCAAAGUUAUUGAAAAAGCCAAUUAGCCAGUCCAUCCAAUGGUUCUGCUGGUUUAAGGAAACUAGCACAGUGUAUGAAGUUAUUCUUCAGGACUUUCAAACAGAGGGUCUAUUCAGCAGCAAUUUUAACCUUCGUAGUGAAUUAACUAUAAAGCUUGGAGCCAUUAAAUGAAUUUUUACAUGUUUCUGAAAUUCUCUGUAGUUUUUUAAAUGUCCUCAAACAUGGCACAUCUUUUGCAUAUUGUUUUUCUAGGGACUAAAUCUCGUUUGCAGUUUUCAGCAGAUUGCACACCUGCUAUUUCAUU